AUGAUGGAGAACGGGAAUAUCCAUGAAGGCUACAGACUACGAUCCUUGCCGUAUAACAGCCUUCUGGGAGCACUGACUCCAGGAUUUGUCACUGGUGAGCGUGUCUGGACACAUCGUAUUCGACUGUCCAAGCAGACAUGGCUUCAGGAUCACAAGAUCCAGGGAACCGCCUUCUACCCGGCGGCGGGGUUCAUCGCCUCAGCCAUCGAAGCUGCUCUCUUGUGCGCGGAUGCUUCCCGGAAAGUGGCAGGCUUCUGUCUGCGAGAUGUCCGUCUGAGCGCCACGCUGGGCAUCGACGAGGGCGAGGAAGUCGAGUCCUCCGUCUCUCUGCGACCAUGUCUGUCUGAAGCUCAUAACACCCAGGAGACAUCAGUGUGGGAUGAACUUAACAUCGCAAGCUGUCGAGGUGAAGGAGCACUGGUUCGACACUGCUCUGGCCUCGUAGUGGUCGAAUACGACUCGCCCAUCGCCGGUCAAGUCCAAGAGCAGUUGAUGAUCGCCAAUGGAAAGAUGAGUGAUGUCAAAACGUCUACGGUAGACGAUGACAUCUUUUACAAAUCACGAUCAGAUGUUGGUUUCCACUACGGACCUACCUUACAGAACGCCAAGGACAUCCGGACUGCUGGAGGCCGCGGCUACGGUACCAUCGUCACACCGGAUUUGGGGCUGGACGUGACACCCAGGCCACACAUCAUUCACCCUACAUCGCUGGAUGCCAUCUUCCACUUGAUUUUCGGAGCCCUCACAGGGAGCCAGGAUGGGAUGACGCAACUGAUGGUGCCAAAGACUAUCAACGAGGUUGUUGUAACAGCCGACAGCCCCUGCAACGCCGGUGCACAGCUGAAAGGAUUCUCGGAUAUCACCAGCCGUGGCUUCAGGGAGGUAAUCGACGAAUUGGUCAUUGGCGAUGGCAGUACGAACACUCCAGCCGUCAAGAUAUCAAGCCUGUGCCUGCAGGAGGUUGGGGGUCAUGCUGAAAGCCUCGAUUCCCAGUCUGCUCGGAACGUUUGCAGCUCACUUGUUUGGAAGCCCUCCCUCAAGUUUCUACCGCCCAACGACCAGGAAAGAGUCAUAAAGGAGUCUUGUGCAAAGACGUGUGUCGACCUCGAGACGACUAACGAAGCUGGAACUUCGGGACAGACGUAUCAAGCCCUCUCGGAGCUGAUCAAACUGUUGCACCAUUCCAAGCCAAGGUUGUCAAUUUCCGAGGCUUUCAACCUGAGCACAGUUCGGCCGAUUCUUUCUCAUCUGCCCGGUCUUGUCGACGUCUUCAAGACAGCCGAUUGCAGAAUCUGGUGCGCCGAUGAAAGUUCAAGACAAGUUGCUGAGGAAAGCAAUCCUGAGUCCAAGGAUAUCCUGAUCGAACUGCGAGAUCUGACCCAGUCCAUUCCUCAGUCCGAAGCACCGUUGCCGACCACCGAUCUUAUCAUCACGAACCUCGACUCAUCCAGUUCAGAUGACAUGGGGCGACUAGUGCGGAACGCCAGGGACUUGCUUGUGAACGAUGGACGGAUGUGCUUGAUUGUGCCAGACAACGAAUCCGAUAUGGUUGAGGCACGAGGAAGGUCUCUCGGUCUCUCCAACUGGUUCAAAAUCAACACCUUCGAAGAUGUUGAAGGUCAACAAUUGGCCCUUCUCCUGGGCUCCAACUCCGACAACUUGUCCAACGGGCACUCCAGUCUUCAAGAUCAGGACGAACUUGUCAUCGUCCAUGGAAACAGUCCAUCUCAAGCGGCUGAACGCCUCUCCCAUCAACUUCUGAAGUGUCUGGACGGUCAUGGACGCUCCGCAGUCUCGGUGCCAUGGGAUGCCAACAUCCAAUUCUGGGCGGGAAAGCCAUGUAUUUCACUCCUGGAAGCGGAUCGUGCUAUCAUGGACGACCCGACAGAGACGGACUUUGAACGGAUCAAGCAGCUGAUGUUGGAGACGACCAAGACUCUCUGGGUCUCGGGACACGGUGAUCCGUCGAGCGCAAUAGUCACCGGGCUGGCGCGCACUGUACGCAACGAGGAGCCUGGUCUGGCCUUCCACACACUGCAAUUUGAUCUUGCGAGCGCCCAGGAUCUGAGCAGAACAGCCGAGCUCAUCCUGCGUGCCUUUAUGGAUGGCGACGGAGAUAAUGAGUUCAUGAUUGACAACGGGGUCAUACACGUCAGUCGAGUCCUCGAGGACGACGCCGCGAACGACCAGCUACAUCUGUUGGAUCCCCUGCAUAGCAAGACCCUCAGCACCGCCGUCAUUGGCGAAGCUGCCCAGCCCUUGAAGCUUUCGAUUCAAAAUGCUGGUAUGCUCAGCUCCCUUUGCUUCGACAAGGACCUUGGUAGCGCAAGUGCCAGUCUCGAGGAGGACGAGAUAGAGAUUGUGGUCAAAGCAUCAUCAGUCAGUGCUAGGGACGUCAUGACCGUCAUGGGCCAGUUGCCCAGUACAGAAAUUGGAUUCGCAGCAGCCGGUAUUGUGCUUCAUUCAGGAUCCGGCGUGGGACAAUUCAGUACUGGCGAUGGAGUUCUUGUAAAGGAAGUCAUGGCCACCGUCGAAUCCGAUGCUAUGAGGAAGGUCCUCUGCACCACCUACGGGAUCCCUGACAAGAACAUCUUCGAUGUGAAGGACUCCGGCCUUGCUUCCAGCAUAAAGCGGAUGACCAAGGGGCUUGGUGUUGACAUAGUCCUCAACUCGGUUGCUGGCGAAGCGAUGCGGCAGGCCGGGCAAUGUCUUUCACCCUGGGGCACUUUCAUCGAUAUCGGCGCCAACAACACGCCAGAGAAGCCUGUCUUCGACAUGGGGUCGUUCCCCCGGAAUGGUACAUUUACGACGGUCGACUUUCAAGGACUUCCCAAAGCUAGGCCCAACGUCAUGGCUGACAUCCUGCGACAUGUUUUUUGA